AUGGAAUCAACAGACAAAAUUUGCCAAGCAAAUCUUACUAAUGUGGAAGACUUUAUUUUCCUGGGAUUAUCAGCCCAACCAGACCUCCAAGGGUUCCUGUUCGGUAUUUUCUUUGUCAUAUACAUGAGUAUCAUAAUAGGUAAUGGCCUUAUUAUUUUAAUAACCAAGUUUGAUCCAGUUCUUCAAACCCCCAUGUAUUUUUUCCUUGGGAAUUUUUCCUUCUUGGAAAUAUGCUAUACAUCAGUGACACUUCCCAGAAUGUUGCAGGACUUAUGGAGCCAGAACAAACAUAUUUCUCUACUGUCUUGUGCAAUUCAAAUGUGUUUCUUUCUAAUUCUUGGAGUCACUGAGUGUUUGCUUCUGGCUGUGAUGGCCUAUGACCGCUAUGUUGCUAUUUGUAAACCCUUAUACUAUCCUCUCAUCAUGAAUCAUAAAACAUGUGUCCAGCUUGUUGUGAGUGCUUGGCUCAGUGGAAUGCCAUUUCAGGUAGGACAGGUAUACCAUAUAUUUUCCUUGCCUUUCUGUGAUUCCAACAAACUUGAUCAUGUUUUCUGUGAUAUCCCUCCAUUGUUGAAGCUGGCCUGUGGGGAUACUUCUUUAAAUGAAAUUUCAGUUUAUGCUGAUGCUUUUUUGUUUGGUAUGAUUCCUUUUCUUUGGAUACUGAAUUCCUAUAUCAGGAUCAUCACCACAAUCCUAAAGCUUCCAUCAGCCACGGGGAGAUCCAAAGCAUUUUCUACAUGUUCAUCCCACCUCAUUGUUGUUGGCUUAUUCUUUAUGUCUGCUUCCAUUUCAUAUUUUCAUCCCAAAUCUAAUCAAUCAAUAGGAAAAGGAAAAAUUCUCUCCCUUUUCUAUACUAUUGUGACGCCAAUGUUCAAUCCCAUGAUAUAUAGUCUAAGGAACAAGGAUGUAAUAAUGGCAGUGAGAAAAUUAUUUUUUGAUAAGUCAUAUUAG